AAAUAUGGCAGAAAAUUCAGUUGAUGACCGGUAUGAUGGUUGUACAGAGAAGAUGGCAAACCUGGUGGAGACAAAAUAUCUAUCUGAAGAAAUCACUGCUAACAUAUCAGGCUUUGGAACUGCUUGGAUGACCAGUGAAGGAAAAAUCCCUGAACCAAAAGAUAACUUGACUAGAAAUCAUUUAAUUGCCAUUUCCGUGUACACUGGUCAUACCGUAUAUAAACAAUUCAAUCAGGAUGUUAGUAGUGGUAAACUAAAAUACAAAAACAUGAAAUACGCAUGGUAUUCACUUUACUUUUUGUUGACAGAAGCGACACAGAUAUUAAAGAAAACACAACAGGAAUGUAAAUUAACUUAUGGUGGUACCAAUUUUAGGUUUAAUGAGAAUGUUCUGCACAAAGAGAUUCGUUCUGGCUUAUUUGCAACCUCUUAUCUUGAUCAAAAAGAAGCAAUCAAAUUUGGAACUGAAUCUUGUUUUGAAGUCACGACUUGUUAUGGUGCUGAGGUGACAAAAUACUCUGAGGUUCCUUCCCAGAAAGAGGUGCUGAUUCCUCCAUAUGAGACAUUUAAAGUGACUAAUAUCACGAAAACUGACUGGUGUAAUACUGUGUUUGUGGUAGAAAGCUCUGGAAUAACAAGUGACUUAAACUGUGCAGUUGGAUCAGUCGAGUCCCAGAUAUCUCACAGAUGUCUGUCGCUUUGGCUGACUAACUUUUACAUCUUCGUUCAUUUCUCUUUAUUAUACUAAAUAUUACUUUAACUUCUUAUAAAGCCACACACAUAACAUACAGGAAAAAUUAUACCCUGUCCAUGAAUUAAGAAUUUAUUUCUACAGUUAAUUAAUACAUGAUUUUAACAAGCUAGCUCCUUAUUUUUGGGAAAUCAUUCCCAUGCUUUAUUUGAUCAUUUCUACGUUUUAGGUAAACCGUGUGCAUGCUAUUUUUUACCAAUUUCUGCCAGCAAUUUCAUCAAUUUAUUGUCGUUUUACUGUGCAGUGAUGCAACUUCUUAUCCAACCUAAAAGACUGUUUUGGUUGUUUGUCCAUUCCCCCAAAUAGGACCAACAGAUGAGUUAACUAAAUUAGCAUCUCUACAGGAGCAGGUAAAAUAUAUUAGGGUAUGAAAUGAUAUUUCGGGGUAUAAUUUUGCUAUGCUUACAUGCAUUGGAUUAUGAUUAUCAAUUUAAACUGCAAGGAUUAAUUGUAUUUGGGGCAUUCCACCGAAUUGGUGCUAUUUCUGUCCCCAGGACAUUAUGGGCCAGCUUGCGCCAGAGCAAACUAUCAUUUUGGCAUUAAAUUUAUUAAAGACACGCAGUGGAUAAUUAGUUAAUUUUGCGACUGAACGUAUUGCAUAUAUGUUUCCCUUUCAGGCACAACAUUUCUAGGAGAUUAUUUAAAUGAUUCGCGCAAUGCAAUUUACUAAUGUUUGCGUGUGUGAUUUUACUGGUAUUUGUGCCACUAUUUAAUGCUAAAAAGCAUCUCAAAACCUAUUUGGCUUGAAAUGGCUGUGAUUGUUGCUGAUAGCAGAGGAUUAUUUUAAACACGUAACAGUUUAUUUGAAAUUCAAAAAUAACGUAUUAUUCAAAACAAUUGCUUGGCAAGCCACGUUAUUUUUAUUUGCUAGAGUCACUAGAAGUCGUCACACAAUACCUGGGCUGCGUUCAGCCCCAACAA